UUGUGAUCACACCGAAAGCGGAAUGAAAUACUUUAUAGUACUUUUAUUUUUCGGAAUAGCCUGGCAAUAUAGUUUGGCAGCAGUACUGCCGAUUAAGCCUGAUUCCCCGUCAUUAUCAGCUUUCGAAAAAGAUGAGAAUGUUCAAUUGGAUAAUCAUUUGGGGCCAAACCUAUCAGAGGAAACUAUAACUAAUCCACAUCUAAGCAAUUUGGCUUCAUUGAGGACAAAUGAAGAGGCUUCCGUCAAAAUGAAUACUGAGAUGUUUGACAAUGAAGACCAGCUUAAGACCGAGUCUCCGCCACUAUCAGAUUUUGGGAAAGUAGACCCAAUUCAUGGACCUACUCUACCAGAGGAAACUAAAAAUAGAAUCAAGGAGAUAAUUGCGCGUUUAAACGAGAAAGGACAGCCACAAAUAUGGGAUGAUUAUUAUAGACCUACUCUAUCAGAGGAAACUAAAACUAGGAUCAAUGAGAUGUUUGCACGUUUAAACAAAAAGAAUAUGGAGGUAAAGGAAGUUCAAGUAUCGAUUCCCCAAUAUACUAAAAAAAUUGAACUAUCUCCACGAUUUUGGGUCUUUUUGGUCAAAAUCAUCAUUUUAAUAUUAUUAUUGUUUUGUUGGAUUGGCAAGGAACAUAAAUCGACUAAUCAUUCUUCGAUUACUGCUUAAAUUCUACUCUGCCGCUUUUUUUUGAUUAUCUUCAGAUUACAGAUUUUAACAAUUUUUGAAAUAUGGUAAAAUAUGCACUUUAAAAAAAUCCAGUUCUAUUUACUUAUUUUGUAUUAAAUUUGUAUUUCGUUAUAUAAUAUUGCUUUAAGAUUGUAUGUAUACUGGUUUCCUG